CCCCUCACCCACCCCACCCCGGCACCCGGCCCACACAGUUUCUCUAUCUCUCUCUCACACGCACAAUUGCACGCACUGAAAAGAUCAGAGUGGUAUUGUGGAGUAGUUGACACUCUUGCUGCCGGCAGCUCUUAUCUUUGUUUUAGCCUAUCUGGGUCAAAAGGCUAUCGGAAACCCUAGCUUCGGUGCUAUACAAGUGUGUAUAGCUUGAUUGAUUAAGCUUUCUUUUCCUUUUUCUUGUUUUCUUUCUCGAUUUUGUUGAAACUUUUUAGUUUUCAGUCGGUGAGUGUCUAGUAUUUUUCGGUUCAGGGGUUCAGUUGCGGUGUUGGGCUGAAGAAUCGAAGUGAGUAUUUUGAUUUGGUUGUAGUUGGUCCGAAUCUGUCUUCGGAUUGCCUUUUGGCUGCUGAUGAUUGGAACCGUUUGAUUAUAUUUUUUUGUGGGAUUUUACGGUUUUACAGCGGUGUUGUUUCUCUUAUUGAAGUUACGUGUUGAAGGAGUGGCCAAGUUAGGAUUGUGAUUUGAAACUGUAAUUUGGUCUGGAUGAUGUCUGUGGAGAGAUCAUUUGAAGCAUGGGAGGAGGUGCAGCGGCACGGGCUGGACUUGGCUGAUAAGCUUGCGCAGGGUUUCACUGGUUUAAUUCAGUCUCAUAUUACUCCACCCUCGUUCCAGUGGCCAAAUCCUCCAACCCCAAAGCUCUUUGAAGUUGAAUUUCCAACCCAGAAUUUUAUUAAAAGUGACUUUGGGCUAUCUGUAGAUAAUUCUCCAAUUAAUGGUGUCACCGCUAUUUUUGAUAUUGGGAACAGAAUAGGUCAAGCGGGGGCUGAUUUUGGGGCGUGUUUAAAUGGUGUGGUUCAUCAAUUCUUCAGGCGGUUGCCUGUCCCUUUCCGCCACGAUGAAAAUACGGGGAUGUCACUGGGAGUGGAGGGUCAUGGCACAAGGACGAAUAUAGGUAUUACACUGCAAGAGGAUUUGGGGUCUUUGGCUGAGCGAUUCAAGGAUUAUGGGUUCUCUGAAAAUGGUGCUGCAGUGGUAGAGACUUCAACCGAGGAUGAGACUUUUGGUGUCAAUGCCAAGGCAUUGAAACAUUUGGGUCGAUCACAGGGGACCAUCAAUGUGACAUCAACCUAUGACAGCAGGACUAGAAAUGUUGAAAGCUCUCUGGUUGCCAGGGGAGAUCUGUGGAGAGUAGAGGCAUCACAAGGAAGUUCAACAUCGGGAAAUGAGAACUCAUCCCUUUUUCUUGUCCAGCUUGGGCCUGUACUUUUUGUUCGUGAUUCCACACUUCUUUUGCCUGUUCAUUUGUCAAAGCAGCACCUGCUGUGGUAUGGCUACGAUAGGAAGAAUGGAAUGCAUUCUCUUUGUCCAGCCGUGUGGUCAAAGCAUAGAAGGUGGCUGUUAAUGUCAAUGAUAUGCCUCAACCCUUUGGCCUGUUCUUUCAUGGACUUGCAGUUUCCAAAUGGCCAGGUUACCUAUGUAUCCGGUGAGGGUUUGUCCACCAGUGCAUUUCUUCCUGUGUGUGGGGGACUACUUCAAGCACAUGGUCAAUAUCCAGGAGAAAUGAAGUUCAGUUUCUCUUGCAAGAAUAAGUGGGGCACACGCAUAACACCAACGUUGCAGUGGCCUGACAAAUCAUUUGCCUUGGGUCUGGAGCAGGCAUUGGCUUGGAAAAGAUCUGGUCUCAUGGUGAGGCCAACCAUCCAAUUCAGUUUAUGUCCAACUUUUGGUGGGAGCUGUCCUGGGUUAAGGAUGGAACUUACACACUCCGUGAAGGAGGAAUUGAAUCUUAUCUGCGGCUGUGCACUUGUGACACAUCCUUCCGCAUUUGCAUCAGUAUCUGUUGGAAGAUCCAAGUGGAAUGGAAAUGUCGGAAGCACAGGGGUCGUCGUAAAAGUGGAAACUCCUCUCAGCAAUUUAGGCAGGCCUUCUUUCUCUGUUCAAUUAAACAGUGGUAUUGAGUUUUAGCCUCUUUUUUGUGGGUUUCUAUGGGGUCUGCCUGUGCAGUAAACUGUAUAUACAUAGCUUUCAGGUCAAUGUACGAUUAUUAGUGUCUUUCCAGUCGCAGCUUAGGCUUAGUAGUGUUUGUAAUGUCCCACUUUGUCAUGGAUUCGUUGUAAUCGUUGUUCAUCAACUGAAGAAAUCAUGCACAUAACUACCUAUCAACUUUUCCUUUCUAAUAUUUUUAA